UUUUUAGUUAUAAUUUUGAUUUUUAUGCUUUUACGUUUUUAUGUGUGUGAGUUUUGAAUUGUCGUUGAGUCGUUGAGGCAGGGCCAUGGUGGGUGAAGAUGACACACAACACAGUACUGGAGCAGUAGAGUAGACCUUAGCUUUUCUUUUCUUGUUUGUUUUAUUUGUUUUGUGGUUUGAUGAUAUUGCAAAUUCCCCUUAAAACGACGUCAUCGGCUGGGCUGGGGUCUGCAUUUGCCUCCUUGGCCCUCCAUUCGCGUGCCCUCCUUUUACGCUCUCUGUCAGAUCUCCCUCCUCCCUCUCUCUCUCUCUUCAUAUAAGUCUAGUCUCUUCUGUCCUUUUUUUUUUUUUUUUUUCUGUCUCUCUCUCUAGCCUGGGAUUUUUUCUCCCUCUAGGGUUGUUUUGGGAGUUUGAGUCUCCACCCUUUUUCAUUCUCUCUCUCUUUAGCAAAAACAAAACUUUAUCUUUCUCUGUUUCCUCAUCCCAACAACAGUCUUAUUAUUAUUAUUAUUAUUAGCAGUUUGGUUGGAGGAGAUGCGUCGAAGACCAAGCUUGGUUCUUUGGUGCAGUUAAGCAGACAUAUACAUUAUGAAGCGUUUCGGUUUGAAGCAAUGGGCAGUUGUAUUUGGUCAUGGAAAUGAAGGAGAGACAACGUUGGAGAGCUGAAGAGGACGCUUUGUUACGUGCGUAUGUGCAGCAAUAUGGACCAAGGGAGUGGAACCUUGUAUCACAGCGCAUGAAUACGCCCCUAAACAGGGAUGCCAAAUCUUGCUUAGAAAGGUGGAAGAAUUAUCUCAAGCCCGGCAUCAAGAAAGGAUCACUUACUGAAGAGGAGCAGCGCCUUGUCAUUUGCCUUCAAGCCAAACACGGUAAUAAAUGGAAGAAAAUUGCUGCUGAAGUCCCUGGACGUACUGCCAAGAGAUUGGGUAAGUGGUGGGAAGUGUUCAAAGAGAAGCAGCAGAGAGAACAGAAAAACAAUAAGACAGUUGACCCUGUUGACGAGGGUAAAUACGAUAGAAUUCUUGAAACUUUUGCUGAGAAGCUAGUGCAGGAGCGUGCUGCCCCAUCAUAUCUCAUGGCUACUUCAAAUGGGUCCUAUCUUCAUACUGAAACAUCUUCUCCUGCACCUACGAUGCUUCCUCCUUGGCUUUCUAAUUCCAAUGUGACCUCCAAUGUCAGGCCACCAUCUCCGUCUGUUACCCUGAGUCUGUCUCCAACAGUUGCACCCUCUCCUCCAAUUCCUUGGCUGCAGCCUGAUAGAGGAUCAGAUAAUAGUCUAGUUUUGGGCAAUAUGCCACAUCAUGGCUCAGUUCCUGUUUGUGGAGAGAACCUUGUAAUAUCUGAGUUGGUAGAGUGCUCUAGAGAGUUGGAGGAAGUGCACCGUGCUUGGGCAGCGCAUAAAAAGGAAGCAUCCUGGAGGUUAAGGAGAGUAGAAUUGCAACUGGAAUCGGAGAAGGCUUGUCGGAGGAGGGAGAAGAUGGAAGAGAUUGAGGCGAAGGUGAAAGCUCUAAGGGAAGAGCAGAAGGCUGCUCUGGAUAGGAUUGAAGCAGAAUACAGGGAACAAUUAGCAGGGCUAAGGAGAGAUGCCGAAGCAAAGGAACAGAAGUUGACUGAGCAAUGGGUUGCAAAGCAUUUGCGUCUCUCUAAGUUUCUUGACCAGAUGGGUGGCAGGCCAAGGCUGGCUGAGCCUAAUGGCCGGUGAGAGAUAUCUGUUAUACAUGGUCAGUUUAGAUCGUAUGAUGUCCAAAUUUCGGUUUUCUGUUUUGUUUAUCAUUUCUCUUUCGGUCUUGUGUGCAUCCUCUGAUGAAAUGCUGUUAUAGGAUGUCUAAUCUUAUACUGUCUGCCUAUUGGCCUGGACCGAAUGACUCUAAGGUUGCAUUGCAUUAUAAUUUCAGCAGCUAUAUUACAAUUGUAUUUUAACUGUUUUCACAAAA